CCAAGCCAAGCCGCCGAGACCGAGCUGCUCCUGCUCCUGCUCUCGCCGCAACCAACCAACCUUCCGCUUCCGCACUCGCACUCGCACGGCUGGAAGCGGAACGGAACCCCCGGUCCUUUUCUACUCCCCUCCCUCCUCCUCCUCCUCCUCCAGAACCCAGGCCUCUGACCUCUCCCCCCUCCCACCGCUCGCACGUACAGCGCGCAUUCCUCCGCAGGGUCAACCCCGGCGGCCGGCCAACCAUGGAGGCCGCGGCACUCCGCCCCUUCGCCGCGCCGCUCGGGCCCGCGAGGAGGGCGGGCGUAGGCUGGCGGUGCGCGCCGGGCCAGCGGCGGCUUGGGAGGGGCGCGCGCGUGGUGGCGAGGCUGGACGGGGGCGUGGGGAAGGGGGUGCCCACCACCAACUACGUCGUGCCGCUCGACAAGGCCACCGGGAUGACCCGCCCGCUCGUCGAGAUCCUCAGGGACCUCAACAAGCGCGUCCCCGACAAGAUCAUCGACCCCGACACCAACACCGUCCCAUGGUACCAUGCCAACAGAAUGCUGAGCUUUUAUGCACCAGGUUGGUGUGGUGAAGUUCGUGAUGUUAUUUAUUCCAACAGUGGAACUGUGACUGUGGUCUAUCGAGUGAUUCUGAAAGGAACGGAUGGAGAGGCUUUCAGAGACGCGACGGGCACGGCAAAGGUGCACCAGGGACGCAACGAUGACGCUGUUGCGGCUGCAGAGGAGGCAGCAUUCAGCAAGGCCUGUGCGCGGUUUGGUUUCGGCCUGUACCUGUACCACCAGGAUGAGAUCCCAUAGGGUGAUAGGGGGGACGGCACACUUUGAGAUUCAUUCUGCAAUGGAGCUGGUCAACGUGGGUAGGCACACCCUUGGAGAGUUGGAAAUGCUGCGCUGGUGCUUAAUGCUUGUGCAAGAAGCAUGUAAAUUGUUCCUUCUGUUACUUCUUUUUUGUUGUUGUUGUCGGUGUAGCCUUGCAAGAUUCAUCCAGCUAGAGAAAGUAAAAGAACAUAUGGAAUAACGUGAUGUUACUUCUGUGCUGUA